GUCCAAGUCGUCCGUUCUAUUAUAUUCGUACAACUUGAUUACUCUUCGGCUGCUGCGUCCUCGACUUGGGUACAGCUACACGGUGUUUUUUGGCUGCGACGAUCUAAAACUCGUCCGCGGCGAUCCGAUCCGUCCUCGCCAUGUGUCACAAUCAGCAGCUCCCGGCCUCCCUACAUUCAGGCGGGGCAUCGGACGAAGAAGAGUCCGAUUCGUCUUCGGAAGAGAGAGAGCCGCCCUAUACGCCCGACGAGCUCGCCCACGUCGUACUCGAGUUCUACAAAUUCCUCACCGCUCUGCACAUAGACGAGACCGCGCUCAAGAUCCCUCCUCCUGGCGGGUGGCCGGGCCUGACCCCGGAAUCCUGCGGACACCACAAAUCCGACUACGCCAUCGGGGUCCUCCGCCUCCUGCCUUACAUUGAAGAGGAUCGUGGCUUCCACCUGCAUUAUAAGUCGUAUCCCAUCGACUACAGCGUCUACAAGGCCGCCGACUUCGAGCGCCUGCAACCCUGCGGCGAGGACAUCGAAUUCUGGACGGAGGAGGGCGAGAUCGCCGACCCGGCCGACGUCGUCUGCCUCGCCCUGGGCCGCGAGAGCUACGGCCGCACGCUGUUCCUGAACGUCAGGGACGGCGAGAUCACCGAGGACAUGGUGCGCGCCCAGACGCUGAGCCAGGUCGACGUGCAGUACUACUUCGAGACCCUGGAGAAGGCGUACCGGACCCUCCGGCUCAUCCCCUGCCAGGGCAGGGUCACGAUCGAGGCGUGGGACGUGGCCGAGGCGACCGACGAGAUCACCGAGGAGCAGGUCUGCGCCCAGGCGGACGAGUGGCUAACCGACUUGGACGUCCAAUAUCUGAGGCAGCUCUACCGGCGGCACGGGUGGCCCGAUUCGUUCCGGGGGGCCGACGCCCUGAACGCGGUCCACGAGCUGAUAAAGGCGACGGGACCACGGCGUGGCACAUGGGAGUCGUGGCCCUAAUAGGUCCGAGCUACCUUACCGCGAGGAUUCUAAUACUACGGCGGGCGCUAUUUUCCUUCACACUAUUAUAUAUAAGUGCAGAAUUAAUUCGAUGAUGUUAUCAGCCCAAGGUUGUGUGAUCUACGAAAUAAUUCUUGAUAUCCUUGUAGCGAGUGCCUCCCCAUGCUACUUGACAACGCGGGCGAUGUCGCGGUACACGCAACAGCCGCGAUUAGUCACUUACAUGAUACACCCAUGCUAGAAGAGAGGCGCUACACGUUUCGUUAACCAACUUGAUGGGGCCGUAAAUAAAGAAAUUGCCGAGCUUAAUUAAGAG